UCCUUCGCUGUUAUACCCCAGCUGGCCUUUGGACUGCGUACAGCAAAAAAAACCUGCUAGUUACGAUCCUGAAAAAUUUCCUGAAUAAAUUCCGAAAAUAUACAGCUCCACCUGGUGUUAAAAACUAAAUUUCAACCAUCCAGAUUCUAAGAGAUAACAAUGAAGUGGACAGAAUGUAUGCAAAAGUUUGCGAGAUCGCCUCAAAAUCCAGAUAAAGUCAAAUUUAUACCUCAAUUACCAUUAGCAUUGAGAAAUCGUGUUACUGGUAAAAAUAGCAAGCAAAAUGAAAGAGGAUGUUUACAAGAAGUUUCAAUUGUUCUUGCUUGUUUAAAAGAAAAUGAUUUUGAAAACAGCAUGUGUACGAAAGAGAUUGACAACUUUAAUAAUUGUUUUAAGACUUACACAAAGAACAGAGAGUUUGCCAAAGCUGAAGCACGCAAAGGUAAUUUAGUUCCUGGAGCUAAAAAUCUUAGGUACAUGCAACUCAAUAAAUUACUAGCGAUGCACCCGCAAGAAAAUGUCAACAACAAAAAAAGAUUCUGAGUAUGUAAAUUAAUAAAUAAAAAAUUAACUUUGUUUUAUUACUGGUACUGUAGAUUAUCACACAAUAAUAUGUACAAUUAAUUUGCAAUAAAUUAUUAUCAUUAAUUUUAA